AUGGAGGAAACUCUGGAUAGAGCYRGAUUCCUGGAGGAAGCUCUGGAUAGAGCCAUAUUCCUGGCAGAAGGUCUAGAUAGAGCCAGAUUCCAGGGAGAAGUUCUGGCUAGAGCCAGAUUCCCAAUGGAAGGUCUGGAUAGAGCUGGAUUCCCGUGGCACAAGCUGCACUCCAAGCCCGGCAAGAAGGAGAAGGAGCGCGGCGAGAUCCAGGUGAGCAUCUGCUUCACGCGGCACAACCUCUCGGCCAGCAUGUUCGACCUGUCYGCCAAGGAGAAGCCGCGCUCGCCCUUUGGCAAGCUCAAGGACAAGGUGACGGGCAAGAAGAGGUACGACCUGGAGUCGGCCUCCGCCAUCGUCCCCAGCAGCGUGGGCGCCCUCGACGACGACGACGACGACGAGGACGGCGGCGGCAAGAAGUCCAAGGUGAAGGGCUUCUUCCUGAGGAACAAGCUGCGCAAAUCCUCCCUGACCCAGUCCAGCACCUCCCUGGGCUCCGACAGCACCAUCUCCUCGGCCAGCCUGGGCCUGGCCGGCAGCGUUCCCGACGGAUCCAAGUCUCCGAGCAGGCAGGGCAGCCUGUCUGYGGAGCGCUCCGGUGGGGACCCCCCGGCGUCGCCGAAGGCGCCGCCCGCGCCCCGCUCCUCGCUCUGCAUCAACGGCAGCCACGUGUACGGCGCCGAGGCCGCCCCGCGCAGCCCCCGGCGGCCGCCCGAGCCGCGCUUCAUCCCCUCUCCUCCCAGCCUGGCCUUGCAGGAGGAGCUCAAGGUCUCCACGAAAGCCGUGACCCUCAGCAACCACCUGGGCAGGGCCAGGAUGGAGGAGAGCGGCCGCUCGGAGGGCAAACCCACCCAGGCCGCAGCGCCCAUGGUCUUCGCCGCCGAGGGGACAAAGGGAAAAGCCCCCGAGGAGGCCAGGAGGGAAGAGAGGAAAGGCAAGGGCGGCCUCUUCCACCACGGAGGCAGCAAGAGCGACGYGGGAGAGAAGGCAGGAGCCUCCGGUGGCUCCUCCGUGCAGGCUGGCGCGGAUGGAGGGAAGAAGCCGAGCGGCUGCCUCGCUCCCGAGGAGCAGCAGGAGCCUCCCCCGAGACGCAGCUUCCCGCCUGGGCCGCAUGCUUCAACGGAGGUCGCUGGGAGCUCUUGGUCCGCUGAGGAUCCCUCCGCCUCCUUAAGCGGGAACGAUGCGGAGAGGGAGUCUCCAGGCCAAAGCGUUGGCGUCCCCGUCCCGGAAACGUCUCCCCCAGCACAAGGGGACCUCGCCGCUCCGGAUGGGAAGGCCGCUGCUCCCGCGGCGCUCUCGGAGUGGGACGACACUUUUGAUGCCUUUGCCAGCAGYCGGCUCAACCCGGGCGCCAGGAAGGAGCCCGCGUUGUCCUCGGAGCCCUUGGCUUUCAUUGACGAUCCCGUGGCUUUCCUGGACAAUCCCCGUGYGGCCAGCGCGAGCGCCCCGGCUCGCGAGGAUGGUGCGGAGCCCUUGGGAAAGGCCGGUCCCCCCGUUGUCCCCGAAAUGCCCCCGAGGCUGCGGCCCUGGGCCGAUUACUGUGGGUUAGACGUGGGGGCGAACCUGGUGAGCACCACGCAGGAGGCCACGGUCAUAGAAGACGUGUUGAGCGCGGCGCCCGCCGUGCCAAGGAGGAAGAGCAGCACCCCGGCCGUUUGGGCGCCCCUUUUUGCACCGGGAAAGCCAGGGGAGAAGGGAGCUUCAGCCCAACGGAGUGCUGAAAAUGCAGCCGGGGAGGAAGGGGACGGCACGGAGGAAGAGCUCGGCAGCGCGGGGGAGAACGGGUGGAUGACCAUAGCCACGGAGACGGCGCCGGAGCCAGUGGGAGACACCUUGGAGAGGGAGCGGAGGGAGGCGGCGAGCGCGUUGGCAGCGCGGCCCUUCCUCGGCGAGGGGCCCGCGGGGGAGAGGAGCGUGUUGGGUGCCGCCUGCGCGCCCCACGGGGCUGCCUUGUGCGCCACGAGCCCCACGGCCGGCGUCAACGUGGCCGCGGUGCCGCCGUGGGCCGACCCGCGGCUGGAGGCUGGUGCCACCCGGCAGGGACCCGUGCGCUGCCCCACGCCGCCCCCCAAGCCCCCGCGGCGCCCGGCGGCGCCCGAUGGCGACGGUGACGGCCCCGGCGCGCGCUCGGACCGCGAGGCCUCCGCGCUCAGCGGGACGGCGAUCGGGAGCGGGUUCCCGCCGCCCGAGGACAGGCCGGCAAUCGGGAGUGGAUUCCCACCAUCCAAGGACAGGCCGGCAAUCGGGAGCGGGUUCCCGCUGCCCGAGGAGGCCGACUCGGCCACUGAGGACCGGGCGGUGGAGGCGGAGGCCGCGGAGCGGCUCUGUGAGAGCAGCUUUGAGACGUGCCCGUCGCGGCUCUCCCUCGAUGCGGGCGCCGAGCCCAGCCCGGUGCCCAGCRCCACCCGGCCGCUCACCUCCGGAUCCCCCGUGCUGCCGGAGCAGUCACUUCCCUCGGGAUUAAGCCCCUCUUCCGAAGCAGACUCGGGCCGAGCGGAGACCUUCUGGACGGCUCUGGAAGAGCCGGAGGCGGCAGCUCCCGAGCAGCGGCCCCGGGGGCUGGUGCACGCGGAGCGGCCGCCCGGACGCCGCGGUGAGGGGCCCCAUGGGCCGCCCCACCAGCCGGAGGCGCCGUCGGGACCCGGGCGCCCCGCGGGCCGCGGGAUGGACUUCAAGAAGGCCGAUUUCUGGAAGGCAGAUGGAGCGGAGGCCGGGAGCGAGCGGGAUGCGACGGCCGCGGGCAAUCCCUUUGCCGCGGCGCUCGGCCCGGAGGCGCCGACCAACCCGUUCGUGGCGAGGCCGCCCGCCGCGCUCCCCGUGCAGGCGGUGCUGCCCGAGCGGCCCGGCCGGGCCGCCCUCGGCAGCCCCGCGGCAGCCCGGCCCUGCCCGGCGCUGCCGCCCGCGGCCUCGCAAGCUGCAGCGCUCCCGGUUUUGCCCAGGGAGACACGGCCGGCUGAGAAGCCCCUUUGGCAGCAGACGAGCAGCCCUCACCCGGUGAGACCGCUGAGCGCGGCGCAGGACCCGAGCAGCGGCCUGGACGAGCGCAGAGCGGCCACCAACAGCAGCGUCCAGCCCGUGGCAGCCGGCUCCCACCUGGAAAAGACGGACCCGAAGCAGCUCAAGGAGGCCACCUUCCYGGACCAGUCAGCCAAGUAUUACCACCUGACGCACGACGAGCUCAUCCAGCUCCUGCUGCAGAGGGAGAAGGAGCUAAGCAAGAAGGAGGAGCACAUCCACGAACUGGAGAACUACAUCGACCAGCUGCUCGUGCGCAUCAUGGAGCACUCCCCCACGCUCCUGCAGAUCCCGCUGCGGGAAGGGAAGCCCCAGUAACCCCUGCAGCACCAGUACUCGCCCAGAGCACUUUGCUGAUAACCGCGCUCCAAACGCCCCCGCGUCCCCGCUGCCCUUUCCAGAGGGCUUCAGUUUGCAGAGYUUGGCAGGAGAGGCUGCUUGCUGCUCCCCAGCCCGUCCCCGCUGUGGGCCCUCCGAGGUGGCAGCUUGUCCUCCGGGCACUGAGGAGGAGCGGGGUCUGCCUUGGCUGCUGCCGCUGCGGCCCCUUUUUGGGUGCUCUUCCUGCUCUGAGAGGGCCA